AUGAACGCCAUUUCACGCCAAGUAUACCGAACGACAGAAGUAUGGACUAGAGCUUGGCAAAGGAGAUCGCCCAAUCUUAAUGGAAAGAUGGACAAGUCGCCACCACUGACUCGAGCUGAUUUAAGAAAUUACGCACCAGCAUCCAAUUUGCAGCUGAAUGAAGAGAUUAAACGCAUGAUUAGUGAAGGCAAGAAUAUUUAUCACUUCGGAUUUGGUCAAUCGCCCUUUCCUGUGAUGAAAGAAUUUUGCCAAAAGUUAAGCCAAUAUGCUGGUGCCAACCAGUAUUUGGCCGUUACUGGUAAGGAAUAUCUUGCUUGA